AUGGAGGAUUUGCAUCACUAGAUAACUUAAUCUAAAUAUGUAGAAUUUGAGUAUCUAGAUCUUCCUUAUGAAGUAUCAAAAAUUAUUUGUCCUUUUCCUCCUUUAUUAAAUAUUUAAGAAGGUAAUAAAAAUUAAUUAAAUUAUAGGAAAAGAAUAUGGAUGA